AUGGCUUCUUGGAAGGCUAUUGAUGGCCCUGGCUGGCACGAGCAUGCGAAAACUCCUGUCGUCGACGGCAAGUAUGUUGACCGUGAGACCGGGGAGAUAAGGACGGCCGAGCCUCAUACCGCUGAGUACCUGGGCCCUCCUGCUGUUGAUAUCAUAAUACAAGCCAUACACGCGGAUGUCACUCAAUGCGUGUAUCGGGCUUCGCGACAGUAUUCCGUGGAGGGUCUAUUGUACAAUAUCAUGAAGGUGGUCAAGGAAAGAAACCUGGGGGUUGAUUCGAUCAUGGCAACAACAUAUGCAAUUCGGGUAACAUUGGGUGAUAAUGUCACAACGCCUGACAUAUUCUCGUCUAUUGCUGAUGAGAUGUCGAAUGGUAUAUUUGACCGGAAGGGGUAG